CAUUGUCGUAAUUGUAAUUUUGUAAUGCAUUAUCCAUUGAUAUCCCUUACACGAAUAUGCAUCUCUCUAAUAAUCUCCUCAAUUUUACUCCAAAAAAACAACUCAAAACCAUCGCAACUCUAACCCAAACACACGCUCUCUAUGUAUUCACCAAUCAUUUGAUCGCCGGAACACAUCUCCGGUAACCACCUCCGAUCAUUGACCACCACUGUGACCACCCAAUCACCUCAGAUCCACCGUCGUUCAAGCUGUGAUGCGAAAAUCGUCGCAGAAGAAGAAGAAGCAUUCACAUAUAAGGAACACUAGCUUUCAUUUUCAACAAUCACUUCCGAAUUUGUUAGCUUAGGGUUAGGUUAGGGUUUGAAAAAAAUGUUCAAGAGAAUAAUGAAGGGAGGGCAAAAGAAGCCCUCCAAAUCGGAUUCUAACGAUGGAUAUGGUCCUCCGGCGAGCGACGUCAAUCCAUCGGCGGCUGUGGUCGUUCCUCCUCCGUCUGGAAAAAUCGAGCCGCUUCCGUUGUUUCGUGAUGUACCGGUUUCUGAGAGACAGAAUUUGUUUCUCCGGAAGCUUCAGAUUUGUUGCCAUACUUUGGAUUUCACCGACACGAUGAAAUCGGUUCGGGAGAAGGAAAUCAAGAGGCAGACUUUGAUGGAAUUGGUUGAAUUCAUUCAGUCUAGUUCGAGUAAGAUAACGGAGAUUUGUCAGGAAGAGAUGAUUAAAAUGGUGUCGGUGAAUAUUUUCCGGUGUCUCCCACCGGCGUUUCAUGAGAACACCGGACAAGAUGCUACCGAUCCGGAAGAGGAGGAGCCUUGUUUGGAACCGGCGUGGCCUCAUUUGCAGCUGGUUUAUGAGCUUCUCCUUAGAUAUGUGGUUUCGUCUGAUACUGAUACUAAGGUAGCUAAACGUUACAUUGAUCAUUCAUUUGUGCUUAAAUUGCUUGAUUUGUUUGAUUCUGAGGAUCCUAGAGAACGUGAGUAUGUGAAAACUAUCUUGCAUCGUGUGUAUGGGAAGUUUAUGGUUCAUAGACCUUAUAUUAGGAAGGCUAUUAACAACAUAUUUUACCGGUUUAUAUAUGAGACGGAGAGACAUAGUGGGAUUAUGGAGCUUCUUGAGAUUCUUGGGAGCAUCAUUAAUGGGUUUGCUUUGCCCAUGAAGGAGGAGCAUAAAUUAUUUCUUGUGAGGGCGUUGUUGCCUUUGCAUAAACCUAAACCGGUAGCAGUGUACCAUCAGCAGUUGUCGUACUGCAUUUCUCAGUUUGUCGAGAAGGAUUUUAAGCUAGCGGAUACUGUUAUUAGGGGUUUGUUGAAGUACUGGCCUGUCACCAAUUGCCAGAAGGAAGUUCUAUUUCUCGGAGAACUGGAGGAGGUGCUGGAGGCUACGCAAGCUGCAGAAUUCCAGCGCUGCAUGGUUCUUCUCUUUAGACAGAUUGCCCGCUGUCUCAAUAGUCCGCAUUUUCAGGUUGCAGAACGGGCCCUCUUUUUAUGGAAUAAUGAGCACAUUGUCGGUUUAAUAGCCCAAAACAGGACUGUAAUAUUACCAAUAAUAUUCGAAGCAUUGGAGAAAAAUGUCCAGAGUCAUUGGAACCAGGCCGUUAAUGGGUUGACGGUGAAUGUCAGGAAAAUGUUCUUGGAAAUGGAUGCUGAAUUGUUUGAAGAGUGCCAGAGGCAGUAUUUGGAGAAAGAGGCUAAAGCCAAAGAGGUGGAAGAGCUGCGGGAAUUGAAUUGGAAGAGAUUGGCAGAUGCCGCCGCACUGAAUGGAGCAGAUAUGAUCACAGCUUAGCAACACUGGGAUUGUUCAUUGGAUAGGUGGAGGAUUAUAUUUUAUGUACUCUCUCCUUGCCUUUUUGGUGCCAUUAUUGAUUGGUUUCUUUCUACCCCUGUAAUUUAUUUUUGGUCUCCAUUUUCUCAGUUGGAUAAUCAGAAAGUUAAAGAAAGCAGUGAUUAAUGUAAGAUAAAAAUGUAUUGAACGUUAUUAGCAAUGUCUGCCGAUUAAGAAUGUUUUGUAAAAUUCUUGUAUUUUUUCGUACA